AUGGGCGGCCUAAACGAUUGGUUAUCCAAAUACACUAGCGCGAGUUCUGCACCAAAAGACGCCGCCGGCCUGUCAUCGCCAGCGGGAGCCCUCGAUCUUGAAGGUCAUUCCGUCGACUCGAAUGCCAGUUCUCCAUUCUCGAACAAUCAGCCGCCGACUCCUAACAACGACAAUACUGAGAGCGACGCUUUUACGAUGCAGAUGACCUCUCCUAUCGACAUCGCCACACCCACAAGAAACUCGUCGUCCUCUCCGUCAUCACAAGGCAUCGGCGUCAAGCCCACCACCAAUUUCCUCGAUCCCGACUCACGAACCUCCGCCAUGAUGAGCGGCAAUAAUUUUGAGAAUGGGAUGGGCAGAGGCCGCCAGGACUCAUUCGCAGGAGCGAAACCCAUCUCUAUGAACAACCCAAACAGAAAUGCAGAUGGUCGGCCGCGGCGAGAAAGUUUGGCUGGAAGCCUGGUACAAGGCAUGAGUUGGGGAGGCGUUUCUGUCGGAAGCUGGAUUAGAGACGACAUUAUCAUGGCGGGGACCUCGCCAUUUCCUUAUCAGUCGCCAUCUUAUCACUCUUCUUCAUAUCUACCCAAGCUAGAAGCAAAUUUCAUGAGAGAUUUCGCAUGCUGUGGCCAGACACUACCGACUCUCCACGAUCUGUUGCAACAUUACGAAGAAGCACAUGCACAGCAAACACCACAAUCGCUGCGUACAGCCUCUGCCGCGGCAAGGGCCCGAGAGAACUCGACUCCCAAUAGCAAAGCAGCCAUCGCGGCUCAGGCUGCUUCAGCAGUUCAGCAACAAGCCCAGCAGCAACAGAAUCAAACACUACAGCCACCACGAGCCCCGGGAUUACAGAUGCCACAGGGCGGACCAAGUGUGGGUGGAAUCCAGCUGAUGCGACAGCAACAGCAAUCGCAACCCUCGACUCCUGUUCAAAAGAACGUACAGCCCGCAUUGGAAGACAUGGAUGGUGUGGAAGAUAUGGAGAUGGACGAUGCUGUAGGCCCCAUGGACAACCCACCAGAUACGCCCGUGCAAAUGCACCAACAACCCCAGAUGUCACAGCAAUCAUUUUUUGGUCAACAGCCACGACCAAAUCUCAAUCUGAACUCUGGUGGGAUGCAACAUUCUGGGCUUCGAACAUCUCAGCCACCCACCCCAGCUACUGCAGGGUUUGGUUUCCAGAACAAUCCGACCGUUUCAUCGGUAAAUACCCCAACGCUCAGCGCCCAACCGAUCCAGCAACAAUCACACCAAUUCUCGCCCGAGACCUCGGUCCCAGGUACACCGGCAGGAGAAAUGGAAGAUGCAUUUGCGAACAUGCCAAUGAAUAUGAACAAUAUGGGGAUGAACAUGAAUAUGAACUUGUCAAAUAUGAACUAUCCAUUCGGAAUGGGAUCAGAUAGUUUGUCAUUGGACUUGUGCAUAGACGAGCCAGCCAAGCGACUAUACAGCCCAAAUGGGUUCACCCAACAACGUCUACAGCAGCAAUUUGCGCAAUUCGGUCUAGGACAAGGUCAAUUUGGUAACAACGAUGAGCUGAUGCGCGCUUAUCGGCAGCAGCAAAUGAUGGCCAUGAAUGCUAUGCCUCAAGCCGGUAUGAUGAUGGGAGAAGAGCACAAGCCAUUCAGAUGUCCAGUCAUUGGCUGUGAAAAGGCGUACAAGAACCAGAACGGUCUCAAAUAUCACAAAACACAUGGCCAUCAAACACAACAAUUACACGAAAAUGGCGAUGGAACAUUUUCAAUUGUCAAUCCUGAGACUUCCGCGCCUUAUCCUGGUACGCUCGGUAUGGAAAAGGAGAAGCCUUACAAAUGCGAUGUUUGUGGCAAGCGAUACAAGAAUUUGAAUGGGUUGAAAUACCACAAGCAACAUUCGCCUCCUUGCAAUCCCGACUUAAAGCUCAACAGUCACAUGGCCGCAGCGGGCUUAGGGCCACUGGGCAUGAAUGUCCCUGGUUUACCAGGGAUUGGCGAAGAAGGCAUGAUGUGA